GUUUUCUUCAUCUUUUUCAUGCACGCGGUCAUCGUGCUCGCGGCGCUGAGGUUCUGGCCCAGGCUCGUGGGCGGCGGCGUGCCCAACCGCAACGUGUGGCAAAAGUUUAUCGCCACCAAGGAGACCGUGAUCAAGGCUAGGUUCUGGCCGGACAAGUGGCGCAGGUUCAGGGUCGCCAUCCUCGACGACUCCAAGUUGCUCCUCGCGGUAAUGAUCUGGCCGCCCAGCAUGUUCGUCGCGAACGCCACGGACAAGAACGGCAAGUUCUGGUGGCGGUCCAAGACGUGCCCGCGAAAGUCCUUCCUCUCGGUUAACCGAGUCGACGCGAUUUUCCCCCUGCCCGCGGUUGUCGCCGUGCAGGUCUUCGAGGCGAUGCUGAUGCUCGUCAUCGUCGGCGCGUCCAUCUCCGAGUACCCCCACUACCACAACUAUUAUCUGAUCGCGUUCUUGGCCAACAUGGCGUGGCUGGCCGCCGCGGUGGGGUGGAUGAGCGCGGCCAGUCUGUGGAACCCGUUUCUUCCCGAGGGCCCGCCGCUGGGCCUGCCCACGGCGACGCUCCACCCGGGCAGAACACCCGGUCGACCCGCGCGCGAGGAGGAUGAGGAGGAGUGCCCGGGGACCGCGUGGCGUCCCCACGAGGGAUGGGGUGGGGAUACGCCCGCGCCCGCCAGGGGCGUCAAGUCCAUCGGAGGAGCGCUCGCGGCGGCGGCGCCGAGUGGCGGCGAGGGCGCAGUCGCCGCGUCAGUCGACGCCGGGGGCAUCUUCUCGCCCCCCGCCAAGACCCCGCGCGGCGGCCCCGCGGUUCGAGCGUCGUACGCAGCCGGCGACGGACCGCAGGAACGCUGGGACGACGAGAGGGAAGGGGGCGCCGGGGCUGGGAUCCUUCCUAUUGAAACGAUGGUCGAUCCAGAACCCGUGCCGGAGUCUUCGCCUCGAGCGCUCAACUUCACGUCCGUCCCGGAGGAUUUCAAGUACGAUUUCGCCGCCGAGCGGGCCAAGCGACUCGCGGCGGCCAAGGCGCAGCAGGAGGCUGCCGCGCGGGCCCAGCUCGCGGCGCAUCGCAGGACGGACAGCGGCGGGAGCGCGGCGAGCGAGCAAGCCGCGGAGCCGCGGGAGACGGCGUCUCCCGCGGCGCAGCCCAAGGGUGGCAUCUCGUUUGAUCGCCUGCGCGGCGGCUUGGAGAAGAAGGGGGGGUACGUUCCCGGGCAGACGCAGCCGUCCGGGAGGGUGAACACGUCGACCGCGUCCACGGUCAGCUCCCUCGCGACUCCUCCGUUCCCCGGCCGGCACGCGGCGGGCGGGAUGUCCGCGUCGUCGGACACUUCGAUGGCCGUCAACGCGACGCUGACGGCGAGAGACGACGAGAGCGGCGAUCCGUGGUCGGACCCGUGGGGGGGACGCAGGUGACGUCGAGGCGAACGACAAAGUCCAUUCGAUGUUCGAUUUACAGAAAUUUUAUUACCGG